AAAAAAAAAAAAAAAAAUAUAGAUAGCACGUCGUUUGAUUUUUUUUAUAUUACAAUCAUUUCGUUUCGUUUCGUAUAGUUUUGUAGACGCGGAAAUACUAAUUUUUUUUACAAAAAUGAUUUAUUUUCUAAACAAAUUAUUUCAUUGGUUUUUAAUUUUGAUUAUUAUUGGAUGUUGCAGUUAUAAUUGUUCGGCGCAAGGUAAGUGUAAACAUGUUUAAUCAAAUAACUGCACUUAAAAAAAAAAUUGUAGCUUAGUGAAUUAUAAUCAAACAAUCAUCUGCAUAAACGCCAAAAAUUAAAUGGUAGACCAUUUUAACGUCACGACCUAACAUUUUCCGAAAUAAUUUUAAUCGUGAAAUUCGUCGGUAAUAUUCAGUCAGACCCAUUGUAUAGAAACCAUUGAUUCUUUGAAAAUUUGAAAUUUGGGUUAGUAUAUAUUUUAAUUAGUUAUAUAUUCAUUGAUAAUCAGUCUAUAAUUAUUUAAGACAUAUCUGCAAAAUAAUCGUGUGAUUUUGUUUGGUCAAUUUUUUAAUUUACUCAGAAAACCAAACGGAUUCCUGUGUGUAUACUAAUAAUAUUAUUAAACAUUAUAGUUGCUGUAAAAUUUUAUUUAAAAAAUCUCAAAAUAGUUACUCUUAAUAUUUAUUUAUUCGUUUUGUUCAGUGGAUUUUAAUGAAAAAUGCCUGCCUCAGUUGGCCGAUACAUGUUUCAGAAAACUUUCUAAAAGUUUGAACUGCUACAACUCCAUAAUAUGCGAAGAUCCUAAGACGUUUUGCGAGUGAGUUAAUAUAGAAAACUUAAUUAUAUUCUAAUUAUAUACUUGCGUUGGUACUUCAAAGCAAACUUUGUUAAAAGGCUGUUGGACGAUUCGUUGCAAUGUUCGGCCGACAUUAUCAGCAGCGAUUGCUCGGUAAAAAAUGGAACGGCCAGAUUCGAUUCGUGGUACAAAGGAUUCCGGUCCGUGUAUUCGUAUAUGUGUCAUCCUACAAAAGUCAACGGGUCACAGGAAACUGAGUUGCCCAGUAAGUAUUCGAGUUAUUUUUUGAACGUGUAACAGGCUAUAAUAAUAAAUUAAUUUUUUGUAUUCAAUAUUAUUUCGAUUCCACUAAGAAUAUAAUAUAUAUUGUAAUUUAAGUCUGGAAGGGCCCAAACUCGUCCAUAAAAAUAUGUGGGACACUGAGAGUUGACCUAUAGAGAUUAUCAUUUUCUAGACUUACAUUACCUACAACACGUCGUGAACUUUUUUUAAAUAAUAUAAGAAAUAAAAUCGCAUGCUAUUGUAACAAGACGGACAUGCGUACAAUGGAAUGACCACUGUUGUAGGUGAGAUAUUAGGAAGAUAGAAUAUGGAGAGGAAUUUAAUAUAUAUCUAUACGCAACGAUUAAUUAUUGCUAAAGAAAAAGUGUGUAGUUUUGAGUUGAGUUCUGUUAUACCAACAUGUUUUAAAAGGCGGUAAUAUUUCCCAUUUUCGUCAAAAUUUGAUAUUAAAAUUCUUAUAAAAAAAAUACUCUAAAACACUCAACUUUUUCUUGUUGACAUUAAUGACAGUUUAUAAUGUAACUAUUAUUUAGUUGUCAAUCAUUUCUGUUUGGUCUAACAAUUGUAUUCACAGAGAACCUACCGAAUAAUAAUUACGUACAACCUCACAAAAUGUAAUGCUUGUAAAUAGUUCAAGAAUAGCUUGAAUGUUUUGAAAAUUUUACCACGUUUAAGGCAAGGUGUGUUUUCUGUCCAAAUUGCAAGUCUUUACGAAUAUUUUUAAUUAAACUAUAACGAAAAAAUAAAAUUAAAAAUAAAAACAUUAUUUUGUACAUUUUCUCGUUGUUCCUAAGUUUUUUUCCCAAUGUUUUCUAAUUAUUAUGAAAAUCGUUUGGAAAAUCAACAAAUCUUGUUGAUUUUUUAAUUUUAAUGAUCUCUUUAAGUAUCAUCUGGAUACAAUUGUCAUUUAGAAAAAAAGUUAAACUUGAAUAUCAAAGUAAGAUUUCUGGUAUAAAUUGCUUAAACAAUAUAUACGUAUAAAAAUAAAUAUUUUUGUAAAACUAAUACAUUUACUCACUUUGCUGUCAAUACAAAUAUCAAUGUUUAUUUCAUUCAUCAAAUAUAUAAUCAAUUUAUUCUGGUUUUAUUUCUGUAUUAUUAUACGACUGUUGUAAUAUGUGUCGAGAUUUUAUGAUUUUAUAUUUGGUAGCCAUAUGGUAAAUUAAAAAUAGUGCUUCAGACUGCAGACCGACUGGCAUCACGGCAUUAAUAUACAAAAUUAUGCAUGGGAUUUCGACGUCCCGGAUAUUAUAUGGCACCUAUCUACAAAUUACAAACAAAGAGAUAUGUUUUCAUAAUAUUUCAUAAUAUUUUUUUCUGUUCCAACAGAUGGCCAAUUUAUCAAAAAAAAAAAUUUAAAAAAAUAAAAUAAUAAAAGAGACAUCGUAGGAUAAUAGGGACGGGUGCAGCCACUGUUAUAUAUAAUUUAGUGUACUCCUGUAAGCAACGAUAAACCAUUACUUACGAAAAAACGAUCCUAUGAGGAGUUCAGUUGAUAAUAAUAUACAUGUAAUUGUAUAGAAAAAUAAUUAAUUGGACUAUAAUAUAUAUUUCCUUGAAUAAUAUUUGUUUACUGUUGUACCGAUUUUCCCAGUUUUCUCAUGUUUUUUCCCGGUUUUACACAUUUGCUGGGAAUACUACUGAGAAUAUCAAAAAAUAAUCUCCCUAAAGUACCCCCCAACACCGAUUUUUUUCAGGAAAGGAGCUAAAUUUAGAAAUCCGAGCAGGCCUUCUGGUAGAAAAAUUAAAACAGUUAAAAAAACAAAACAUCUUUGUAAAACCAUAAGCUUCUUCGCUCCACUCAGAAUUUAAUACGUUUCUUAUUGUUGUCGAUUUAUAUACGAUAGUAACUUUGGAAAAUUUAGUGUCUAAUGUGGUAUUCAUUGUAACGAAUUAUCAUUUCCAAAAACAAUCUUUUUUUUUUAAAAACUAAAUUUUACUUGUAUAGUUAAAAUUAAGGUUUUAUAUAAUACAGUCAUUGUAAAUUAAAUUAAAAAUUAUAUAAAUAUUCAAACAAAAAGUAUAUUUUUGAAAUGAAAUGUAUAGUUUCGAUAAUUUAAAAAAACUAAUAAAAAAAAAAAAAAAAAAACUUUACCAAUGCACCAACUAUGAUAACAUUUACUAUUAGAAAAAAUGCUAAAGGCACACUCAAUAAAUAAUGUAAGAUUUUUGUUAGAAAAUUUAUUAAUAGAUAGAAAAAAAACUUACAUCAGAGUAAUAAAACCAAAACACAGUUGCAGAAUCCAAAAUACAAAGAUUCACACACAUAAUCGUAUGAUCAAUAAUACAAAUAAAGCGUAUUAUAAGUAAGACAGUUAUCUAAAAUAUAAGUUAACUGUCUGAAAAACGGUAUCUAAAAUAUAAGUUACCGUUUUUCCAUUAAAUUAAGCAAUCGGUCUGGGAAUGGAAAGCAAAAUAAUAAUCAUAUUUUAUAAUUUUUGAAUAAAUUGAAUGGUUGAGGGGUUUUUUCACGUGAGCAAGUAUCGGGUGUGAUUGUAUCCAUGUAGGUAAUUUGAGAGGUUCAAGCAUAUAAUAACAUACCUAUUACCUAAUAGUUUUAUUUUCACUGGUCUCUCACUAUAAUAACAUUGUGCAUAAUAUUAUGAUGUUUUAAAUGUGUAAAUAUUAUUACUAAAAUAACAAGUAAGUACAUAUUAAGUACCUACCUAUCUGAAUUUCAAUUAGGAGUUAGAACAAACAAAUUGUGUUGCAUUUUAUGCUAUACGCAUUUAAAUUGGUUUUAAUCCAAAACAACAUUAAUAUAUUAAAAAGACAUCCUAGGAUAACAGGGACGGGUGCAGCCACUGUUAUAGCUAAUUAAAUGUAUAUCUGUAAGCAACGAUAAACCAUUACAAAAAAACGAUCCUAUGAGGAGUUCACUUAAUAGUGGUACUUUGUCAACAAUAUAUAUGCCAUAUUACAAUAAAAUGAUUAAGUAGGCUCUAUAUAUUUUCUUAAAUAAAAUUUGUUUAAUGUUGUACCGAUUUCCCCGAUUUUUCUACAUUUUUCCUAUAUUUUUCCCAGUUUUUCAAAUUUGCAGAAAACUCCGGAGAAAAUCAGUAAACGACCUCUCUAAAGUUCUUUCCCAGUGAAAUUUCUUUUUGGAAAAUGUCUAUCAUUAAUAAUUGGAGCAAAAUUGCUUGAAGAAAAGCUGUUAAUAAAAAUAUUUGUAUCGCUUUUAUGAAUUUGAAAUUUGGACAAAAAUCUUUAGGUUUACCUUUUCUAUUGUAAUACAGUUUUCAAACAAUUUUAGCUAUUUUGAAGUAUUUAUACACAUUUUAAUUUUAAGAGUUUUGUACGUAAUAUUUAUUCGGUAGGUACUUGUUAGACUUGAACAAAAAUGCUUCAAAAUUUAACAGGAGGUUCAUUAAGAGUCUUAAUUUGUAGUCAAAAAAAAAAAAAAUUUUAUUUAAUGCAGAAUUUUUUUUUAUAAGGGAAUUUCACAACUAAAUUUUGACUAAAAAAUUACGUAGAACAAAUCUAAUUUUUCAAUAUUUUUUAGAUUCCGAGCGUAGCGAUUUAUAAAACUUGCUCCGAUUUGUACGUGUAGUAACAUUGAUUUUCGAUGAAAUUUUUAAUUAGAAGCACUUACGUAGGAAAACGUACAAUUUCACGAUUCAUUAUUUUAUAAAAACACGGACGACGUUUUCUACCAGAAAAAUUAAUUUAAUCGAAAAUCACAAAACACCUUUUUGUUGCAUUUUUGAUUUACUUUCUAACGGAUAUUCGUUAUUCGCCAGGUAAUGGUUUAUCGAUGCUUACAGAUAUAAAUGAAAUAUAUUUAUAUAAUCUACCUUCCCAACUUUUUACCUUUAACAGUGACCACCCCCAUCCUUGGUAUCAGCUCUUUUUUUUUGAACAUAUGUGUAUUGCUGAUUUAAGAACGAUGGUGAAGUUAGAAUUGAGCAGAUUGACAAAGUUUCUAAAUUAGAGCUUUUUAAAGUUCUGAUAUGCGGAUAUUCUAUGUUAUGUUAAAUAACUUAAUAUUGUCUUAUGGAAGUAUGUUUGUCGUAGUUUUUUUUUCCUGUAGACAACCUUUCUACCAGAAUUUUUGAUCCGAUUUACAAUGAUAGCACUUUUUCAAAAAAGAAAUCUGACUGAAUAGGUAUUUUAAAAAGAUCUGUUUUCGAUUAUUCGAUUGAUCAAGAAUUUUCCCAGCAAAUGUAAAAAAUCGGGAAAAAACACGAGAAAAACGGGAAAAUUGGUACAAUAUUAAACAGAUAUUAUUAAAGAAAAUAUAUAAUGCCUAUUUAAUUAUUUUACUAUAAUAUGACAUAUUUUUUGUUGAAAAAGUAUCAGUAUCAACUAAAUUGCGGUCAGAAUCGUUUUUUCGUAAGCAAUGGUUUAUCGUUGCUUACAGAUAUACAUUAAAUUACCUAUACCAGUAGCUGCACUCGACCCCGUUAUUUAAGAACUUCUUUUUUUUUCGUUUUUUUUUACAUUUGAUCAGAAAACUUUUGAGAAAAUCGAAAAAUGACCUCUCUAAAGAACUCUCCAAUGAAAUUUCCAUUUAGAUAAAUUGCUAUAAUUAUAAGUUGGAGAAAAAAUGCUUGUAGAAAAGUUGUCCACAGAAUAAAAAAAAUAAACAUCUUUGUAAAACUAUACAUUUCUUCACUCUACUUAGAAUCUAAAAUGGAAAAGUUAUUUUAUACAACUGCAGCAGUCGUUGCAGAUGAUUUUUUAAUUAAGAAAGAGUGGUUUAAAAUUAAACUCGAUAUUAUAAAACCUUAAACUUCUUUUAACAGAAACGAUUUUUCGUAACAUCAGAUAUUACUAUACAAUUUGAAUUACGUAUUUAAUAAACAAUCGGUGAGUAGCUAUUAUUAAAUACGAAACAAUUUAACUAAAAGUUACAGAACAUAAUGACAUUUAUAUAUUUUAAAUGAAUUACGUAACUAUUAUAUUAAUUUGCAAUGAGCUAUAUAAAAUAGUGGGUUAUUACGCUGAAGACGAAAUUAUCUGUGUAGAUAAUAUAGUAAAAUUAUUUUUAUCUCAGUGGUAUUUUAGAGAAGUAGUUUUAUGAUUUUCCAAGCGAUUUUAAUUAUUUUUUGGAAAAACACGAAAAAACAUUGGAAAAACGGGAAAAUUUACCAAAUAUAUUAUUAUCAGUUUUGUUGUUUAGUUGUAAUUGAGUUAGAAAUAUUAGUAGAGAUAAGAAAUUUGGACAAAAAACUUAUAUUUGUUUUCUAUAGACGUGGUAAAAUGUUCAAAAUAUUUGAGUCAUUCUUAAGUCAUUUAUAUACAAUUUAUAUUCAGUAGGUGUAAUUUGAAGGUAAAAUGAUUAUACCAAACAGAAAUGCUUGAAGAUUUAAUAUGAGGUUCAUUAAAAGUCGUAUUUUUUGGUGAAAAAAAAACAAAAUUUUGACGAAAUUUGUAAAUAUUAUGGCUUUUUAAAACAUGUAUAACUUCGCUGAGAAUUGUUUUUAAUUAGCAAUGCCUACUCGUUAUGCAUAUUUAAUUUCUCUCUAUAUCCUAUAUAUAUCUUUUGUUCUCUCGUUAAUAAUGUUUAUUUGUUUUAUUUUGUUUACUCUCGUUUUUCGCCCAACUCCAGUUAUCGUUACUUGUUUUUUACGCUUUUUGUCUUGGCUGCUGUGAAAAAAUUCCGCACACGGUCCGAUAUCUUUUUUGUGUCGGUAAUCUCCCUAGAGCAGUUUUUUUUUGUUGACACUGUCUGAAGACAUAACCACCGUGAAACGUGUAUAUUCUUAACUUCUAUCGGUUCAACGGUCGCUUUCGAUUGUGCUAUCUCGUUAAUUGCUGCUAUCCGGCGAGUUACAACCCGUGCCGCACGCACGAUGAAUACACUGCGUACACAGUAAACCUUGUUAAGCCGCGUAUACACUGUUUAUCAGUGAUAAACUCAGUCCAUUUUAUAUGUACAGUUACGAUGUGCGUUCUUUAUACGCUGCUCUCUUAUCUAACUUGAUAAGUUUAACGACCCGUACGGGAUAUAGCCAAUUAUCUCUUAUCACCUUUUCAAACUUUUUGCUGUUCCCCUCGACAUUUGUGUCACAAUGAAAAAUCCACUUCAUCCUAAACCUGAUACGCCGAUAUUGAAGUUCACAACCAGUCAAGUCAACUAUAACUCUGGAUAAAAUGUGUUAUCUUUUAUCGGAUAUUAAUAACAAGGUAAAUACUUAUGACUCCAGUUUUAUGAUCAUCAGCACUAAACUAUCCAACCUCGAAUCUUGUGUAAACGAUUUAAAGAAUUCCCUGCGUAUAUUAUCUUUCGAUCUAUCUAAAGAAAAAAAGGAUAAUGAGGGUUUUUUCUAAGAUCCAACUAUUACGUAGUAGAUUAACUCAGCUAGAACACUCCCAGUCAUCAUCUCAAUUACCUGAUAUCGGUAUAGUUAAAGAAUCCCACGACAGAAUAUUAAAAGAAAAAAAUCUAAAUAUAUUUAAUGUGUCUGAUUCUAUUUCUGAAGAUUCUUCUGUAACGACUAGUUUGGUUAAUGAAACCCUUCAAGAAUAAUUUAGCCCGAUCUCAGUGGCAAAUGUUAAACGUUUGGGUAAACCAGGUAAUCGCCCACGUACUAUUCUGAUCCAAUAAAAUUCACCUUCAGAGGUGCAUUCUAAUCUGCGGGUCAAAUCUAAAAUCCGUAGUAGUACUCAAUGGAAAGAUAUGUCAAUCAGUACGGAUAUGACUAUUAUCCAAAGAAAUUGCAUGAAGUCAUUCCGUUCUCAACUUAUGGUCAAAUGGGAUACGGGAUACUGAAGCUGGUUCAUUAAAUAUGUAGCCGAUAUUCCCAAGUUAUUUAUAAAAAAUUAAUUCUUCUCCCCAAAGUUGGUUAGGUUAGGUUAUUUUUUCCAAUAAAAAAAAAGGAAACGGCUAUUAUUCAAAUAAUAUGUAUUAUAUACACUCAAGUAUGAGUCUAUCUAACCAUAGCCUCAGCUGUAUAAGUUUUAAUUUGAUUUAUUUAUACUAUUCAUGUAACAAAAAGAAUUUAAUGAAACUAAUUACUUAAUAAUUGAUGUUAUUUAUUUUUAAUUAAUUAUAAUUUUAUUAUAGAUUUCAGAAAUUCAGAAUGUUGGAAUAAACAACGAUUUAUUGAUUGUGUCGGUAAUAUGUUAAACAUUCAUCACGUGGUCGACAUGCUGAACAUUUCAUACGACUAUAAAGAGUGUGUGUAAGUGUCUAAAGUCAAAUAUAUUAUAUUAUUAUAGACUAGUCCGGCGUUACCCAUGCUAUGAGACAUAAUAUUUAUUUUUUUUGUUUGAUUUGUUUUUACUUUUUUUAAAUUUCUUCUGUAUCCCAUGUAGAUAUAACCAAUGAUCGGCAAGAAUAAUUUGAUCUAGGACUAUAUCUAUGCAAAGUUUCAAUUCAAUCCGUUUAAUCAUUCCAUCCAACUAUCAAACAAACUUUCGCACUUAUUAAUUAGUAGCAUUUCGAUUAUUAUGUUAUUUUUAUAGAUUCUAAGUUUAUAACGAAUUAGUUACUCGUAUUUGUUUUAUACUAAGAAUUAAUGUUGUUUUUCUUCUCAAUGAAUACAUUUACGGUUUGUAAAAAUGUAUAUUAUUCAUACCGAAUUGUUUAUAUCGUACCUCAAAAGAUGCGAAUUUCUCGACUGGCGAUUUUGUUUUUGUUGAUUUUUUGGUUAUCUAUUCUGGAAUACAAGGGAAAAAAGUAAAAUCAAUAUAAUGUAAACAUAAUAGUAUACCGAACUCCACUCAGAAUCGUUUAUCGAUUGCAAUGAUUUACAGUCGCUGACAGUGUAAUAAAAAUUAUGAAUCACUGCCUAUCAUAGUGGGAUGAAACCAAUAUUUAGCUCGCCAAAAUUCCCAUUUUUAAAACACAGAAAAUCGCAUGCCAAAUGUAAAAUAUAUUCAAAAAAUCGAAUCCACGUAUGUAGAGUAGAUAAUCCAAAUUAAUAGUGUAUGGUUUGUUUGGACAUUUUUCUAACAGUUUCGACAUUAUUAAAAGAUGUUGUUUUACACCCACAAAUAUAACACGGGCACAAAUCUGGGCAAUGUGUUGAUUAUAGAGUUGCAAACCUAGAAUAAAAUUAAAUUUAAAUGUUGUAUAAUCUUAAUUUAAAUUUAAAAAAUGCAUUAUGUUUAGUGUACCUUAUCAUUGACCAUUGGAAAGUUAUUAAAGUAUGUGUAAUAUGAACUAUUGUCCUGUCAAAUGUCAUAUCUGUGUUUAAUAGUUGUUGCAUUUGUUUCAAUAUCGUUAACUUCUUGUUCGGUACUCUCUUUACUUUCUUUUUUAAACAUGUAUUUUAUGGGGUGACAAAACUUAGUGGAUGCCGAAAAAGGAUUGUUCCGAAUAAUCUCAUAGUUAUUUUGUACUGUCGAAUAAUAUCUAAGUUCAAGUUUUUAUAGUGGCACAAUUGAAAACAUAAAGACAGUUUAAUCUGUUACAGUGGAAUCGUCGUUGAAUUUUCGUCUAUAUUGUUACUGACCACUACUGCCAUCGCAACCCCAUUUAUACAACAUUUCUAAUUUUGUUGAACUUAAAUUUGUUUUACAUAUAAUAUAUUAAUAUUUAAAAAAUUCUAUUUGUUGUGUGAUAUAUUUAAUAUAUUCUGGAGUGGUAUUUUGACAUCUUGAUUCUCCAAUAUCUAUGUUAUUAGGAUAACAGUUUUGUUUUACUAUUUUUGUAUUCUUGUAUGAUGAGUAUAUAUCGCAGUUUCUUUUUUUUUCGACCGAGACGAAUAUUUAUGUAUUGUUGUAUAGUAAAAUCAUUCUCGAUAGUAAAUACUAAAGCAUUAUCUGCUGUAUAGGGAAUUGAGUAAUUUGAGAAAUUAUUACUUGUUUUAGUUUGUUUAAUUCUAUUUGGAUUUGAUUGAGUUUCAUCAAAAUAAUCGAGCAGCACUUCUUUGGUCAGACAUAAAUAAUUUUUUUUUUGUAGCAUAUAUAAUUUGCCGUGAAGUCAUAUCAGAAUGAGUUAAUUCGGUUAUAAAUUUUUGUAUAUAAUAUAACCGUAAUAAUAGUAUAGUAAACAAAUAGUGAAAAAAAUAGGUAUAACGUAUAUAGGCAUACGUGAUAUAGGUAAUGAAAUAAUAUUUUCAUUUUUCAUUAUAAUUGCAAAUUGCCUUUAAUUGAUUACAUAGGUAAAUAAAAAAAAUUAAUUUGUAUUUUGUGACAGGAAUUUAUGAACAAAUAAAACAGAAUAAAUGUUUGAAAAGUUCUAAAAAUUAAGUUAAAUAGUAUAACAAAUACGUGUAAAUGAUUACAGCUACCUGAAACAAUUUUUUUUUUAUUAUUUUCAAUAACUUGAAAUAUUAUAUGUAUGUAUUCAAAAUUUCGUAAAACUGCGUAAUUUUCAAUAAUGCCCUUUAAAAAGCCGAAAAAUAAUGGAAAACUUGGGUUUAUUGUGUUAAUGUUGCAUUUUUGCUAUAAAUGAGAGGAGAAUAAUAUUUUUUUAAUAAUUCUAUGUUAGCCAAUGUAAUAAGUGUAUAUUCUGAAAAAAAAUUUAACUAAACUAUUUUUAUUGUAAAAAGUAAACUAACAUUUUUAGCGUAAAAAUUGGAAUUCUUCAAUAAAUGUAGUAAACAUUUCUAAUCAAACCACUAAAUCUCACUUGGUAAUCAUCAAAUUGUUCUUAUAUUUUAAAUUUACGCACAAAAUAAUAAUACCAUAAAAAAUUGUUAUCAAUCAAAUGUAGGAUUUUUUGCAUUUUAAAAAUGGGAAUUUUGGCCAGCUAAAGAUUGGUUUUAUCCCACUGUGGCGCCUGCAUAUUAUUUUUUUUUCCGAUUUAUAGCCUACAACAAUUGGUAGCCAAUUCAUGGUGACGGAAUAUUAUAUUCCGGCUUUUUAAUCGUAAAAGCGAUUAAUACCAUUAUAUACAACAAUUAUUAUUAAUAAUAAUAAUUAUAAUUUAUAAUUAUUUUAUAACUGCAGUCUACAGUAUUUUUAAUAUUGUUAUAAUAUUAUUUUGUUCCGUGUGCUCUUGGUCUCAAACAUAAUAAUAUUACCUAUAGCAAUACAGACUUUUGGUUAUAAAAUACGGCAAUCUAUGUACGUUAUAUAAUUUACAUAGUAGAUAUCAAGUCUCUAAGAAAAUAUUUUUUUUUUAAAAAAUUGGUUAAUUUCAUCAUGCUUUUUUAUGAAUUGUAAUACUUUCAAGUUUAAAAUUGCAAGGAAGAACUCGAGGAAGAAAUUUUCGCAUUUUACGAGUAUACGAGUAUAUAAUAUAGAAAUAUAAGUUUCAAUGCAUAUAAAAUAUAUUUUUAAAUGUAUACAAUUUCAAUUAAAUAUUUUGUGUGUUUGAACUUUGUAAACUUUGUGUAUACAUACUAAGUUUUACAAAAUUUAACAGGAAUAAAUUGAAUUGCGAGUAAAAUAAAAUAAAAUUCCUUUACUCCGGAAAUUAUUGCGCGUAACUGAUAUAGAACAUAAAGUUCUGCUCAAAAACAUUUUCAAAACGAACUAGAUAAUUAUUUUCAAAUUUGAUCAAAAUAAUCGUAAUAUAAAUAUUAUAUCGUAUAAUAUUCUUCCGUGACAGACAUCCGCUUGUGGAAUCGUGUACAAAAUGUUUAAUCAAUUAAGAUUAAUAGGAAAAUCAUCUCGCGGAAAAAUAUCAGCUUCUUUAAGUUAACGAAAAAAAAAACGACGCAUAAUAUUGCUAGGAGAUUCGAACUAGAAAGAAAAGACUUUUCAAACAAAAAAUAUAAAAUGAAGGGUUGGAUGUGAGAUGGCAGAGGUCUAGAAAACCUGCAAAGAAGAAUAAGGAGAUUGUUGUAUAGUAACGAAUUAUUAUUUUAUAUUUUAAAUUAUUAAAUAUAUUGUGCAAUAUUUAUGUACGUUGUAGGCUAUAUGAAAAAUUAAACUUUUUACAAAAAGAAUAUAGACUCUUUGUAACGGGGUAACGCGUUGGCGAACUACUUAUUAUUUUCCCGACGGUCGGCUGUUUUGUCGGCUUAUUUCAGACAGACUAACAGCAUUUAGGCCUUUUAAGAAGGCCUAAAUGCUUUAAAAUACAAAUUGACGACGUAAAGUCUAAUCAAUAUAGAUUAGAUUGUAACUUUUCACUAUAGGGUAGUUAUAUGUGUCAUUAGUUAGUGACAUUAGUAACUUGAUUUAAAAAUAAAUAAAUAAACAAUAUUAGUAAUACAAUAGUCAAUAACUGUACAAGAAUAUACAACUUGACUAAAUAAAUAUAAUACGUUUAAAAUGUAAAACGUAUAAAUAUACUGUUUAUAUGGUAUAUUAUAAUUUUUUUCGUCUUUUUUUUUAUAAGUAAUAAAUUACAAUAAGAUUACUGUAUAUUGAUUGUACGCAAUUGUACUUCCUAAAAUGCCUAACUGCUGUUAAUCUGUCUGCAAUAAGCCUGUACAACAGCCUGCCGUUUGGAAAAAUAAGUAGUUCGCAAACGGGCUAUCCCGUCGCAAAGAGCCUACAGUCUUUUUAUAAAAAAACUAAAUUUCCAUAUGGCCUACAACAUAUAUAAUACAUUUAUAUAUACGAUUUUUUUUUUUUUUUUGUUCCAGUCGUAUGAUGAUUGCGAUGAUUUCAUGUAAUACGAUUUCUCAACAUCCGUCGUGUGACCACGGACAAUUCAUCAAUAAUUUAUUAUUUUUGUUUUUUUCGGAACACAAGUGCAACGACUUUGAUGUACCCGAAAAAACAAACGGUGCAAUGAGCUUAUUUGGGCUGUUGCCGCUCUAUCCGUUGGUGUCAGUCGUUAUGCUUUUGAACCGUUUACAAAAAGAUUGGCCGUAACAAAUACGCUGGAUACUUUUAUUUUAGUUUUAUGGUUUAUCCACUAAUUAUUAUGAUUGUAAAUUUUUAUAUCGUAAUGUUAUUAUCAACCGACGAGGUGGUUUAACAGUCUUAAUAAAUUCGGCUAUAAUAUCGUA